AUGUUCAUUCUUUCGACUUUUCGUGACACAUUAACAAUAAUUCCCAAGGACUUUCGAAAAAGCAAACUCGAAGCUCUUUCAGACGAAAUAAACAAAAAGUACGCGAAUAAGAGACCGACAAUACAACACGACAGUAACCAACUCAAAAAGGUCGUUCAUGAUGUAGGUCUAUGCGUGUGCUUGCAUGACAUAAUUGAUACCAGCGAAGAAUUUGUUCAUUAUGGUGAUGGUUCAAGUUACGUCAAGGUGAAAUUUCGAAUGGUAGUUUUUCGCCCAUUUAUUGGGGAGCUUCUAGUUGGGAAAAUAAAAACUUGUACUCCUGAAGGCGUUCGAGUAUCAAUAGACUUUUUCGACGACAUCCAUAUUCCCUCCAUGCUACUAAAACACCAAUCGGUCUUUGAUCAAAGUGAACAAGCGUGGGUGUGGCAUUACGAACCCGGUCUGUUAUUAUGGAUGGAAGUUGACGACCUCGUUCGCUUCCGUGUUGUCGGUGAAGCAUUUACUGACAUUACGCCAAUGAGUGCACCUAGAUCUCGUGGUGGCUUACUUGAUACGAAUUUAGCCGGAAAUUCCGCCCAGAUACCGCCAUAUCAGCUGAGAUGCAGUAUACAAGAAGACGGAUUGGGUCCUCUCGCUUGGUGGCAAGAUCAAUAG